GAAACUUUGGAUGUGUUUCUUGUCGUAAGAAAACAGUUACGCCGUUCUUGUGCAUUUUCCGUAAGAUUAUCAGGUCCACUGUCAUGCACUUUUAUUUUACCGGUUACGACAACGAUAUGGCGGAAAAAACCUGAGGCAUGCCAGAAAAGACGCUUUGCUCGAUACAAUUGGGCGAAAAUAUUUCUGGGAUGGAAUGCGUCUUACCGUUGAAUCCGUGAUAAAUGAGUGUGAGGUUUGCAAGUCCCAAGGAAAAGGGCUCGAUGCCAUUAAGGAACCGUUAACAGCAGUAGCCGUCCCACCCCGGCCAUGGUCUCUGUUGGGUUAUGACUUGAUUAUGUUGGAGGAAACAUCAAAAGGCCAUAAGUACCUGCUGACCAUUAUCGACUAUUUUUCGAAAUUUCGCAUCGCAUACUCUAUCAAGAACAAAGAGGCCCUGACAAUUGUGAAAAGCUCCAUCACACUUUCUCUCUUAUUGGAAUUCCUGAGUCGAUUAUAUCUGACAAUUGCACAGAAUUCAAGAACGUUAGAAACGAAGAAAUGGAGCGGUUGUUGGGCGUCGAGCAUCGUUUUGCCCAACCGCGGCAUCCCCGCACGUGCGGGAAAGUGGAAAACCUUAAUAGGCAAAUUAAAUGGGACUUGAAUCGACAGGUGACUGAAAAAGGUGGUGAAUGGUGCGACCAUGUCGGUGCUGUGAUCUGGGGCCAAAACAAUAAGGCUCACAGUGUGAUAAAGGAAAUCCCCUUUGAAGUGAUGUUCCGUAGAAAAGAUACGAUUCGCAAGUUUCCCACGCUUACAGCCACCGAGUUUGGAGUAGAAGCGGAGCAACGAUUAUCUCGCACGCCGGAGUCGGAUGCGACCAGCCAGAUUUUAAUCCAGACAAAAGAAUCUGAAGCCAUCGGGUCUGGUGACGAAAGUUCUGGCAGUUGCAAACGACUGAAUGAAGGCGAUGAAGAUGUACAAUGGUUUAGCAAAAUUUCGCAAAACAUAGCCGCAGGAAAGCGGAAGCAAGACGCAGCUUAUCAGAAGCUGCAAAAGAAUAAACGAAGUAUUUUCCCUGGCAUGCUCGUACGCCACAAGAAUAUCAAGAAAUUUCGUGGAAAGCUGGAAGGCAAAAGUGUUACCAAGCCAAAGUUUAUUGGACCCUUCAAAGUGGUCAAGUUGUUAAACAGGGGUCAUAAGGCGGUUAUCGAGUCGUUACUGGACAAGUCAACGGAAACAGUAAAUGUUAAAGACUUAAGAGCUGAAAAUCUACCACUAAGAUGGAAUUUCAGCAAAAAGCAGGAAAUGCGGCCGAAAAAGUUGAGAUGCCGUCGAGUGCAACGCCAGAAGCGCAGCAAUGCAAUGAAGUGACGGAAUCUCCACCAGCAAAGGCCCCGAAUAUGCAGUCCGGGAAAACCGUCCGGCCCCGAAUAUACAGUCCGGCAAAACCGUCCGUCUCGAAUAUACAGUCCAGUAUUACCGUCCGGCCCCGAAUAUACAAUCCGGCAAAACCGUCCGGCCCUGAAUAUACAGUCCGGCAAACCGUCCGCCUCUAAUAUACAGUCCGGCAAAACCGUCCGUCUCAAAUAUACAGUCCAGCAUUACCGUCCGGCCCCGAAUAUACAACCCGGCAAAACCGUCCGGCCCUGAAGAUACAGUCCGGCAAACCGUCCGGCUCUGAAUAUUCAGUCCGGCAAGCCGUCCGCCUCGAAUAUACAGUCCGGCAAAACCGUCCGUCUCGACUAUACAGUCCAGCAUUACCGUCCGGCCCCGAAUAUACAAUCCGGCAAAACCGUCUGGCCCUGAAUAUACAGUCCGGCAAACCGUCCGCCUCGAAUAUACAGUCCGGCAAAACCGUCCGUCUCGAAUAUACAGUCCAGCAUUACCGUCCGGCCCCGAAUAUACAAUCCGGCAAAACCG